AUGCCACCUUAUCAUCAUCUACUUUCACGAAAUGUUAGAAACGUUGACAAUACCCAAACUAAUAGUAUCAUUCAGAAUCAAAAGUCUCAGCGAAGACGAACUUCAGUGAUAAAACAACAGAGAAAAUACAAAAUUGGUCUGAACUUUCAAGAAAUAAAUUCUGCUAUUCGUCACUCUCUGAAACCUUCUCGCAUUUGUUCCUACUGUAAUGCCAAGCUUUUUGCAGGGGAAACAGAAGGAAUAUGUUGUAAAACUGGAAAAAUUAAAUUAGCUUCGACUGAAUGUAAUGCAUUCUUGAAAGAUUUAUUUACAAGACGUGAUAAUAUGGGAAAUGAAUUUCGUAAUAACAUUCGUGCUUAUAAUAACAUUUUCGCUUUUACUUCUAUGGGAGUCAAGAUAGAUCAAAAUCUUGCUAAUGGAUCUCUUCUUCCUAAUAAUACAACGCCAAAGUUUUUACAAUUAUAUAUUUACGAUACCGAACAUGAAACAAAUAACAGGCUAACUAUUAUACCUAAACUUCGUCAAGAAACUUUAGAAGUUAUAAAAUCAAUACUAGACCAAUAUAAUCCAUUU